AUGUCUUUCAACGCCAAUGGCACAGCGCAACGGCGCAGUAAUCCUUUCGCCAGGACCGCUUCUGCCUCUCCUGCUACCAGCACCAAUCCCCGACCCAAAUCCGCCAUUUUUACCUCCCCAUCAUCAACUCCAGGCAUUGUUUCAUCAUUUGGACACAACCGAACACAAUCAAAUGGAUCAGUCUCGGCGAUAAGUCGAGAGUUUUCAAGCACACAAACGAGACUCCGCAGCGACUCGAAGAGUGGAACGCCAACAUCGACGACAUUCGCUCCCUCCUUCAUCAAGGAAGAAGAGAUGAUACGAAGCCAGGACGAAGUUCAAGGCAUCGAAGGCGAGAAUGACUUUUCUGGAAAGCGUUAUGUCUGGCUUAAGGAUCCCCAGACCGCUUUCGUCCGUGGGUGGAUAGUUGAAGAGAAGGAUGGAAAUCAGCUACUUGUCCAAUGCGAUGAUGGCACACAAAGGGAAGUCGAUGCUGAGAGUGUUGAUAAAGUGAACCCCGCCAAAUUUGACAAGGCAAACGAUAUGGCCGAGUUGACGCACUUGAACGAGGCGUCUGUCGUCCACAACCUUCAUAUGCGAUAUCAAACCGACCUGAUAUACACAUACUCGGGUCUUUUCCUCGUCACCGUCAAUCCGUAUGCGACAAUCCCCAUUUACAACAACGACUACAUCAACAUGUACCGAGGACGCAGUAGAGAGGAUACGAAACCUCAUAUCUUUGCCAUGGCCGACGAGGCUUUCCGGAACCUGGUUGAGGAAGGAAAGAAUCAGAGCAUCUUGGUUACCGGAGAAUCCGGUGCAGGAAAGACUGAAAAUACGAAAAAGGUCAUUCAAUACCUUGCAGCUGUUGCUCAAGCAGACUCGUCAAUAAAAAACAAGGCUCAGCACUCUAGCCUCUCUGAACAAAUUCUACGAGCGAAUCCUAUUCUGGAAGCCUUCGGAAAUGCUCAGACUGUCCGCAAUAACAACUCUUCUCGGUUUGGCAAAUUUAUCCGAAUUGAAUUCACUCGAAACGGAGCCAUUUGCGGUGCUUAUAUUGAUUGGUACUUACUCGAGAAGUCAAGAGUUGUGCACAUCAACCAACACGAACGAAAUUACCACAUAUUUUAUCAACUUUUGACAGGAGCCAGUUCUUCGUUGAAGAGGGAGUUCUUGCUCAAUGAUCUUACUGUCAAAGAUUUCGUCUACACCCGGGAUGGACACGACAGCAUCGUGGGUGUAUCAGAUCCCAAAGAAUGGGCAUCCCUGAUGGAAGCAUUCAAUGUGAUGGGGUUCUCUGAUGACGAACAAAAAUCCAUUCUACGGACAGUGGCUGCCGUUUUACAUCUAGGAAACAUUAAUGUCGUUAAGGAGAGUCGAACUGCCGAUCAGGCACGGUUGGCUCCAGAUGCAAAAGCACAGGCUGCCAAAGUAUGUAAACUUCUUGGCGUGCCUUUGGAGCCGUUUAUGAGAGGUUUACUUCAUCCCAAGGUUAAAGCAGGCCGCGAAUGGGUGGAAAAGGUUCAAACACCUGAGCAGGUUCGACUUAGCUUGGAUGCUCUCUCCAAGGGUAUAUAUGAACGUGGUUUCGGUGACCUGGUCACCCGCAUCAACAGACAACUUGAUCGCACAGGCAUGGGUCUGGACGAUUCGCACUUUAUCGGAGUACUCGAUAUCGCUGGUUUCGAGAUUUUCGAACAGAACAGCUUCGAGCAGCUGUGCAUCAACUACACCAACGAAAAGCUACAACAGUUUUUCAACCACCACAUGUUCGUUCUUGAACAGGAAGAGUAUGCCCGUGAGCAAAUCGAAUGGAAGUUUAUCGAUUUUGGACGCGACCUCCAGCCCACAAUCGACUUGAUUGAGCUAUCGAAUCCUAUCGGUGUUUUUUCCUGUCUUGACGAGGACUGUGUUAUGCCCAAGGCUACAGAUAAAUCAUUCACGGAGAAGCUCAACUCAUUGUGGGACAAGAAGUCAACAAAAUACCGGCCCUCGCGCCUUGGACAGGGUUUCAUUCUUACCCACUACGCUGCCGAAGUCGAGUAUUCUACCGAAGGGUGGCUAGAGAAGAACAAGGACCCCCUCAACGAUAACAUCACACGCCUUCUCGCCGCUUCUACAAACGAACACGUUGCUUCCCUCUUCUCUGAUUGUGCCGAAUCUGAGGAGGACCGCGCCACUGGAAGAAGCAGAGUCAAGAGAGGUCUAUUCCGGACAGUCGCUCAAAAGCACAAGGAGCAUCUACACAGUCUCAUGUCGCAACUGCACUUAACACACCCUCACUUUGUUCGAUGUAUACUUCCUAACCACAAGAAGAAGCCUAAGGAAUUCAACAACCUUCUUGUUCUCGAUCAGCUACGAUGUAACGGUGUUUUAGAGGGUAUCAGAAUCGCACGAACAGGCUUCCCCAACAGACUUCCCUUUGCGGAGUUUAGACAACGAUAUGAGGUUCUUUGCCAGAAUAUGCCCAAGGGUUAUCUCGAAGGACAAGCGGCGGCAAGUCUCAUGCUUGAAAAGCUUGGACUUGAUCGUUCUUUGUACCGAGUCGGUUUGACCAAGGUCUUCUUCCGAGCUGGUGUUCUCGCCGAGCUCGAAGAGCAACGCGAUGCCCUCAUUACUCAGAUCAUGUCCAGAUUCCAGUCAGUGGCUCGAGGAUUUGUUCAAAGACGAGCGGCCUACAAGAGGCUGUUCCGAACAGAGGCCACUCGAAUCAUUCAGAGGAACUUCAAUGUUUAUCUGGACUUGGCAGAAAACCCUUGGUGGCAGCUGAUUGUCAAGAUGAAGCCUCUCCUUGGCACAACUCGUACAGCCACAGAAGUCAAGCGAAGAGACGCCAUGAUCAAGGAAUUAAACGACAAGAUGCAAGUGGAAUCCGAGAACCGUCUAAAGUUGGAGGAAGAACGACGCAACUGUCAUGCGGAGAUGGUUCGAAUCCAGCAGACCUUGGAGAGCGAACGCGCGCUCGCUUUGGACAAGGAGGAAAUCUUUAAGCGGCUGCAACUUCGAGAAGCAGAGCUUGAGGAGAAGCUUGCAGGUGCAAUUGAAGAUCAAGAGAGGUUAGAAGACGAGUUGGACGAUCUCCUGAAUGCCAAGAACCGCGCCGAGCGGGACGUCGAAACCUUCCGUUCUCAACUCGAACAAGCUGCUACCCUGAUCGCCAAGCUUGAGGAGGAAAAGAACGGGCUAAGCACUAAGAUCACCGAACUUGAGAAGUCAAUCACCGAGAUGACGCAGAAGCAAGCUGAGCGCAGUGAGCAAGAAGUCUUACUCCAAGACGAGAUCAAGAUGCUUCAGAGCCAGUUAGCCGUGAAGGAAAGAAAGGCUCAAGAUCUGGAAAACAAGCUCGUUAAGCUUGACCAGGACCUGGAAUUGAAGCUUCACAUCGCCCAGAGGGAUCUUCAAGCAAUGAAACUUCGUGAGACUCAACUGUCUCAGGAGAAUGAUGACAUCCAACAACAGCUCAACGAACUCUCCAAGACGGCUACUGAAUACGAAGAUCUUGUACGUCAAAAAGAGAGUGAGCUCUCCCUUCUACGAACCGAUAAUAAAAACUUCGAGAGCGAACGUCAAUCUCUGGAGGAUCAAAGGAAAUCGUUGACCGCCGAGAAAGAGAAGAAUGCCGAGAAGUACCAUGAAGCGCAAGCUGAGUUAGUGGCAAUGAAGUCGCGACAGGCUCAACUCGAGCGUGAGGCCGAGGACGCCAAAAACCUCCUGGAAGCACGUCUGUCAGAGGAUGCCCAAGCUGACCAGAACCGCCAAGUUCUUGAGUCACAAACUAAAGAUCUCAAAGAUGAGCUUUAUAAAACGCAGAUGGAAUUGAGUCGUGAGCGUCAGUCCCGAGAUGAUGUCCAACUGCUUGGCGAGCACCGCUAUCAAGAGUUGAAGGAUGAGUUUGACCGUGUGAACGAAUCCAAAAUUAUCAUAGAGAAAGAAAUGUACGCUCAGCAAGACACCUUACGAAGAACAUUGGAGGCUCGGACGACGGCCGAAAAGGAACGGGAUGAGGCAAGACAAGAAAUCCGGCGCCUUCGCGUAGCCAAAACCCAGGCUGAGGAAGCGAGAAUGCAAGCCGAAGUUGCUGGAGAACGACAGGCUUCCAAAGCAGCUCAAGACCGUGAGAAUAGCCUUCGCAAGGACCUCGAUGCGGCCCAAGAACGACUUCAUUGGUUCGACGGGGAGUGUGCUAAGCUCAACCACCAGAUUGAGGACCUCAACAAACUCAUUCUCGAAUCAGGCGAAUUUGGUUUGAAGAACGACCAGGCCAAAGAAAGACUCGAGCAGGAAUUGACGACUGUCAAGAGCCGCCUAACAGCAUCGGAGAACGACAACCGAGCUCUGCUGAACAAGUUGCAACAGAAAGGCCUAGAGAUAGCGCGCUCUAGUUCGCGUGCAAGCGAGGCCUCUCGAGGUCAGAUUCAGUCCCUGCAGCGCGAAAAAGCACGACUGGAAGAGCAAAACACAAAGUUGAACAAACAGCUGGGUGAUUCUCAGCUCGCCAUUGCUUCACUGGAGAAGAGGGCCGAGAAACUCCAGCUCAACUUAGAAGAUCUCAGCCAUGAGGUUGCUCGAGAAGUCAAAUCAAGCAGAAAUGCCGAAAAGGCGACGUCCACCUUCACUGCACAGCUGGCUGAAGCCAAUCGAACCAUCGAGUCGGAGCGACAACUUCGAACUCAAGCUCAGACUACAGUUCGUACCCUUCAGUCGUCCGUUGAUUCGAGGGACAAGGAGAUCAACGAGCUGCGCGCUCAGAUGCUUGAAGUUCUCAGGACAGUUGACCCAGAGGUCCACAUCCCUCCCCAGUCUGAUGGAACUGAUGAGAAAGUGCUUAUUCAAAACUUCGAUCUCGUCAGAAAGGUUGAAGAACUUCAGCAAAAUCUUCGUGUGCAAACAGCGGCUCGAACAAACGCCGAGAAUCAACUUACUGAAAUGAGAGCUUCUCGCAACGAAUCCCCGACCAGACCUAAGCUCGAGGAGAUUCAACUCAAUGAGGCGCCCUUCCAAGGAUCACCGACCCAAAGAAGGACAACCAAGCUUCACGCUUUUAAUCAUUCCAACACUUCGACCCCCACACGUCGCUUCCAAGAGCCCGACCACCUUCAAGACUCGACACGUUCUGACCGGACCAUUGACACUCUCAACUUCAACAAUCGCAUGGAUCUGAAGGCUGAGGUUGAGGAACUUCAGAACCAACUUCAACUCAAGGAAAUGCAAAACCGUCAUCUCCAGAGUCAAAUUGACCGUGGUACACCUAUGCCAGAGAAUCACGAUGAAAGUCCCUCUUUGCGCCGCAUUCAAAAGCUUGAGAUGGUCAACACCCGUCUUCAUGAGAUGCUUGAUGACUCGAACAAAAAGGUGUCUGCUCUGGAGCGCACGAUUCGAUCCGGUCAAUUGUCGUUGCGGGAUGUCCAAACUCGAACCCAUGAAGAAAUUCUGGAAGUGCUCAACAGCCAGGAGGAUUCUCGACGCGCCUUGGUUCAUAGCCAUAAGGAUGCAGUGGCGGAGUUGACAGAUAUUAAAGGCCAUUUCGAAAGACUGCGACACGAUCGCGCCAAGGCAGAAGUCGAGCUCCGUGAUGUUAAGUCUGACUUGGAAGAGAUGACCCUGGCACGAGAACAAGAGGCGCAAAGCCGAAACCAGCUUCUCCAGGAAUUCGCAGACCUCCAGAUUCGACUCGACGCAGAAACUUCCAAGUUUAUUGACGUUGCUUCCAGUUUGGAGAUGUACAGGAGCCGAGCAGACGAGUACUUCAGCAAACUCGAGCAGGCAGAAAUUGCCGUCCUCAAGGCCAGUCGCGCCGAGCAAUUUGCCAGGUCGCAAGCCAGGGAGGCCGAGGAUACAUACGUGGAGAUUAUGGCCGAGCGUGAGAAGAUGGAUGCCACCAUCGAGGAUCUCCAGCGUCAAAACCAGCACCUUGAAGAGAAGGUGGAAGAUGUAUCAACUGACUUGGCCGCUGCCACUCAAGCUAAAAAGCGACUUCAGCAUGAGCUUGAGGACUACCGAAACCAACGGGCUAUAGAUAUUGAGGACAAGGAGUCAAGCAUGGAGCAGACUCGUAAGAAGUAUCAGGCUGAGUUUGCCACUUUAACCAACGAGCUGGAUCUCGCCCGUGAGGAGAAGCUCUUCAAACAAGCCGAGAUUGCCCGACUUCGGGAGGAGCUCGAUGAGCUGAGGUCUAAGUGGGAUGAUGAAGUUCUCAAUAGCUCGACUUGGUGCAAGGAGAAGGCUCGAUUAGAGUCAACUUUGGCUGAUGUUGCUUCUUCUCGAGACGAAGCGGUGAACGCACACAACGAAGCUCAAGGCAAGGUUGUGACUCUGUUGUCGCAAGUUCGCAGUCUUCGCUCUUCUGUGGAUGAGAUCGCCGCAGAGCGCGACCAUCUCAUUCGAGAGAAGCGCAAUGUUGAGGCACGUCUGGAGGAGGCCAAAUCUGGCCUGGAGGAUCUUGUCAAGGGAGAGAGUCCAUCUCUGCGCAAUGCUGCCAACAUGGACAAGGAGAUCCUGGAUCUUAAAUCAAACCUCGCCCAGCAAGAAGACAUUGCGGCAGCGGCCGUGGAGAAGAUGCGCCGCGCAGAAUCUCUUGUAGCUGAGGUUCAAAAAGACGUCAUGGUUGAGCGCGAGAACAGCAUUAAAUUGCAGCAACAAAAGGCAUCGCUCGAGAAGGUUCUCAACGAAGCUCAGCUCAAACUUGUCGAUCUUGAGACGAAGGGAUACUCAAGCGCCAGCCAAGAUGUCAAGUUCCUUCAUAAGCGUAUCCAAGAGCUCGAAUCCCAACUCGAAGACCAGGAGACUGAGCGUAGUAAGUCGCAGCGCUCCGUUCGGAAUGUGGAUCGAAUCGUGAAGGAUAUGCAAGGUCAAAUUGAUCGCAAAGACAAACAAAAUAUGCAGCUCUCCGAUGAUGUCUCAAGGAUGCGCGACAAGGUCGAGAAGCUUCUGAAGACAAUCGAGGAGCUGCAGUCAUCCGAAUCCAACAACCAGUUAUCAGCUCGACGCGCUGAGCGGGAGCUAAGGGAGGAGAAGGAGAGGGCUAUCCGGAUGGAGCGUGAACUGGCAGGCCUCAAGAGCCUCCGCAACGACAAGGGGUCAGGCAGCGUCAUGGGUAGUGUCCGCAGUCGCAUGGGCCCCUGGCGGGUCAGCGAGGGUGAUGAUGCAUCCAUGAUUGAUGUCCCUGGAAGGAAGAGUAGCCUUAGUAGGGUUCCCAGUUUUACAAAGGGAUUCCUGUAA